AUGGAUAUUGGCCAACUUACUGGUGUUAUAUUGUUAGACCUAAAAAAAGCUUUCGAUACGGUUAACCACGAAGUCCUCUUAAAAAAGUUGAAUGUUUAUGGCAUAAGAGGAACGGCAUUACAGUGGCUUAGAUCUUACUUAACAAGUCGAACACAAUAUUGCCGAAUAAAUGGCCAAUUAUCUGAUCCAUUAACCGUGAUAAAUGGUAUACCCCAGGGUUCGGCUCUGGGCCCACUCUUGUUCUUGAUUUGCAUUAAUGAUUUACCAAAAUGCUUAGAGCAUACAAUUACAAAUAUUUUUGCAGAUGACACACAAAUUGAAGCAUCUAGCGAUAAUGUUAAUGUAAUCACAGAUAAACUUAAUCAUGAUUUAGAAAAUGUGUCGGCUUGGUUAUCGGCUAACAAACUAACUUUAAACAAGACGAAAACGAAAUAUAUGAUAAUAGGUAGUAAUAAAAGACUUAAACAAAUAGAUAUAGAACCACAUAUACAUAUAAGAGUGAAUAUAAUAGAUAAAGUUGAAACAACAAAAUCACUUGGGUUAAUGAUAGAUGAAACUUUAAUAUGGAAUGCCCAAGUUGAUAAAAUUACAAAAAAGGUUAAUUCGGGUCUCAGCAUCUUAAGGCGACUGUGAGAUAUAGUAGAUUAUCAAACGUUAAUUACAAUAUACUUAUCGAUAAUCCAACCCCACUUUGACUAUAUACUGCUCUCAGGUCUGGGGUUGUUUGGGAAAAGGAUUAUCAGAAUAGAAUAGAAUAAUAUAAUUUUGCACACACAUUAUAAAUACAAGAUACAACAAUUUUCUACAUUAAGCAUUAUAAAACAAAAGAAUUAUGUGUAUAGCCACCCGUAGGUAACCAUAGGGGCUAAUCGAGACAGGUGGCUAUCAAUUUCUAGUAGAAUAUAUACAGUAAAUAAUUAUUAAAUAAAUGUGUUACAAGAUGGCAAAAUUGAAAAUUAAAAGUAAACAUAAAUAUGAUCCGAAUUAAGCAAUCAAGCAACCAAAUAUUCAAAUUAAUAUAGCUCAAUUAUACUUUGUUUUAAUUUCUUUUUAAAUAAACUUAUACUCAAUAUUUUUAGCGCCUCAUCAAUAUCAUUCCAAAUUUUAGGGCCCGAAAAGUUAAUAUUAAAAACUCCAUAGUUUGUACGAACUAAAGGUAAAGCGUAUGGACACUUUGAUGCAAGAUAAUGAUGAAUAUGAUGAAUAAUAAGCUCUCGCGAGUUUGUUUAAGUGCAUUAACGUAUGGGAACAAGCAUGCAUAUAUGGUAAUACUUUGCGUGUUUGUUUAAGAAAGACGCAGCAGAAUAUAUUGCCAUAUUAAUAAGAUAUCGCGAGUUUGUUUAAGUCUUACUCUACAGGAGUUGAUUAUCAGUUGAAAAUACCGAUGAUAAAUCACUUAUUUUCCGUUCGUACCGAUCGUAAGGCCAUUUGGUUAGCGUGUAUUGAGCCAAUCAGAAUGCUGGAUUUGUAAUGGUUCUUGGUUGAGUGUAUACUAACAAGAGUUCGCCUUUAUGUACCUCGAAGAACAGUUGAGAACUGACGAGCUAUCCAGUAGAGUACAAUAAAGUACAAUAAUUAAUUCAUAAAACCCUCCAUUCUGACCCCACGAGGUCAAGCUUGUUGCCGAAAGAAAUUCACCUGUCGAAAUUCUACCUAUCUGAAUAUAAGAAUAUUCAUUGAUAACACAGUUAACACUCGCCCCAGAUAAGUUUCCUCGAUAAUCAUAUAUUUAUGCUUUUGGAACAAGUGUAAAGAUUGUGUGUUGUUCAAAUUAAAAUGUCAGGUUAGUCUAGCUUUCAUCUCUUGAGUAGCAAUGAACCAAUAAGGAAAUUGCUUAAGGAGAACAGUUUAGAAAUAAUAGAGCUAUCCAACAGAAAUAAAGUCGUCUUUGUUUUAGUUUAUUUUCAUGAUUUUGUGUCUACACAGAUAACGUAACGCGACAAUUCUCCCACAAAUGGAAGGCUAUCAACAAGAUUAAGAUCACCCAAAUUGACAGUGGCGGUGGACAAACAUGGGCCACGAGAAGAGACAAAAAAUACAUUUAUGCAUUACAAAAUGGCACUUGGAUGCGAAAGGGCGGCAGCUUUACUCAUGUCACGGUUGGAAAAUCUGGCACUUGGGCAGUCAGCAAAGCGCUGCGAAAUUUCUUCAGAGAAGGUGUGAAACCAGAUACACCGUAUGGAAACGGAUGGCUACGACUGGAUGGUGAAUUGCAGCAGAUUGACACUGGUAGCUCGGGAGUUGUUUAUGGAGUAAUCAG